AUGGUCAAAGAUACCAAAAAGAAAAAAGAGGCCAAAAAGGCUCGGGUGGCAGCCAAGCAAGACAAAAAGGCUACCCAAAAAGAGAAGAAAUCAAGUAAAAAACCCAAAGACGACGACAGCGAUGCCGAAGACGCCGAUCUCGACGCCAUCUUGGCUGAGUAUCAGAAACAACAAGAACAAUUUCUGAAGGUUACCGAAACCGUGUGCGAGCCUCCCUCUGCUCGAUCUUCUGCGACAUUGGUCGCCUCUCCCAGCAACAGUAGCGAAUUAUUUCUAUUUGGUGGAGAAUAUUACAAUGGUGCUCUCGCAUCCUUCUACAACGACCUCUACGUCUAUAAGAUCAACCAAGACUCAUGGCGUAAGGUGACCAGUCCGAACACUCCGCUGCCGCGGAGUGGCCACGCUAUGUGUCAAGGUGGCAAUGCAGGCGGCAUCUACCUGUUCGGCGGCGAAUUCUCGAGUCCUAAGCAAGGAACAUUCUACCACUACAAUGAUUUCUGGCGACUGGACCCCAGCACACGUGAGUGGACGAAGCACGAGGGCAAAAACGGUCCUCCAGCCCGCUCGGGGCACCGUAUGACAUUUUUCAAAAACUAUAUUGUAUUGUUCGGGGGGUUCCAAGAUACCAGCCAGCAGACCAAGUAUCUUCAAGACGUCUGGCUGUAUGACACACAGAAGUACACGUGGUUUCAAGCAAAUCUGCCAGCGCAGACGCAGAAGCCGGAAGCUCGAUCCUCGUUUUCAUUUCUGCCUCAUGAGCAAGGAGCCGUCAUCUACGGAGGUUACUCGCGUGUCAAAGCUACUAUGAGCGCCGGGAAAUCGACCAAAGGCGGUCGUCCGGGCUCGCGCGUCGUGGUGAAGCCAAUGGUGCACCAAGAUAGCUGGCUGCUCAAAAUCAUCCCUCCCGCAACUGAUGCCCCAGCCAACACCGCCCCGACAGUCAAAUGGGAGCGGCGCAAGAAGCCCGUUAAUUCGCCCAAUCCCGCGCGCGCUGGUGCAACCAUGGCCCACCAUAAAGGGCGAGGCAUCGUCUUCGGCGGCGUCCACGAUGUCGAGGAGAGUGAGGAGGGCAUGGACAGCGAAUUUUUCAACCUGCUGAACGCAUACAACAUCGACCGAAAUCGGUUCUUCCUCCUCACACUCCGUCGUCAACGCGCCGCAGCGAAGAAAGUCGUCACGAAUGAACGAAAUCGUCGUGGUCGUGGAAAAGCCGACGAAGAAGAACUCCUCCGCAAUCUUGCCCUGAUCGAGAAACGUCUCGGCGGCGGCAGCGGCGAGAACGAGUCCAUCACUCGGGCCGAUGGAGCAGACUCUGAUUCCGACUCAGAUGCCUCUGACAAAGCAGCCAAAAUAGAAAAGCCAGUACACUGGGAGAUGCCGCACCCGCGCUUCAACGCGCAGCUUGCAGUGCAGGAUGACACUCUCUAUAUCUACGGCGGCACCUUCGAAAAGGGUGAUCGCGAAUACACGUUCGAUGAGCUGUGGGCUUUAGAUUUAGGGAAAUUAGACGGCGUGCGGGAGAUUUUCAAGCGCGAGUUGGAAGACUGGCAGGGCAGCGAGGAUGAGGAGGACGAUGAAGAAGAUGAGGAUGACGAGUUCGAAGACUCGGACGACUCGGACGCAGAGCAAGAUCCCGACAAGGCACAAAGCACACCCGCGACUUCAGUCGCCCUCGGGGAAGAACUUGCCUCACUUGCUGCCAGCUUGGCCGACGACGAAGUCGAAGACGACGGCCCCUCGGCCUCUGAGAAAGACACAACGCCGCAACCUCGACCCUUUGAAUCGCUACGGCAGUUCUUCUCGCGGACGUCGCAGGAAUGGCAAGAGACCAUCCUGCAUAAGAUGCAAUACGAGCGGGACGCGGCUGCAAAUCCGGCGUCGGUCAAGGAGAUCCGGAAGCGGGCAUUUGAUUCGGCGGAGCAGAAGUGGUGGGAUUGCCGCGAGGAGAUCGCGGCGUUGGAGGACGCGCAGGAGGAAGCUGGCAUCGGAGAUGUGGUGAGUCUGGCAGAGAGGGGUGGUGGAGAAGGCGGUGGCGGCGGUGGAGGAGCGGGAAGGAGGCGAUAA